GGACUCUUACUGGAGCACAGUUCAGUUACGGACACUGCAGCGCUGCACUCGUACACUCCAUGAUGACUUCUACCUUGGUAACAGCUUUAUUCCUCUGCAGCUUUACCUGGAUCUCUGGCUCAGCGUCUAAGUCUCAGACUGUGAAGGUCCAGUCUGGUGAAGACGUCAAACUGCUGUGCCCAAACAUUUCUAAACAUAACAGUUUGACUUUCUGGUUCAGACUGGUCAACAGGACCGAGGUCAGCUGUAUCUCUGUUAUGUUUGACUCUAACAGCCCAGUUCGCUUCUGCGAUGGAUAUCAAACUGGAAAUUUUGAAAUGAGCUCCAACAUCUCUACCCUCUUUCUCAACAUCAAUCAAGUGAAUGUAUCUGACUCUGGACAGUAUUUCUGUGCAUUUUACAUGAGUGGACCUUUAAUUUUCAGAGUGAUUUAUUUAAAUGUUGACGGUGACGGUGAAUUUGAUGAUGCUGUGGACAGCGAGUCUCAAAAAAUGUCUAAUGUAAAACUAACGCUGGCGACUGUGAUCCUGGGCGGUCUGACUGUUUUCCUCAUGAUGGUCAUCGCUGGUCUGCUUCUUAAAAUCAGGAAACUUCAGAAAGCUGAUGAUGACAAAAAAGAUUCUCAACAGAGCGAGAAUCUGAGCUCUGACGACUUGAACUACGCAACAGUGACCUUUGCUUCAGCAGCAAAAAGAAGAGAGCUGGAGCCAAAUGUUGUGUAUGCUGCCACCAGAUAGUCAGGAGGCAACUGGAACUGAUGCCUCAUUAUUCUGCUGUUUGUAUGAGACAAGUGGGUGGGUGAGGGGUUACCACUACUGCAGUGACAAAGAAUUCAUUUUACAGAGAAGGUCCUCAGAUGACUGUCUUAUGUCUAUAGAAUAUGAUUGGUGUUUGUAGGAGGAGGAGUGAAGAUACUGACAACUGUCCGCAUGUUACAUCAAAAUUGUUGGAAAAAAAAAACUGAAGGAACACAGUGAACACUGUCUGCCUUUCUUCAGUAAUGCUCAUGUUUUGACUACAACCCUGUUUUCUCCACACUGAACAACAUAUGACACCACUAUAGUGACAGGAUGAACUGUGAUUAUUAAUGCUGAAUGUCUGAAUUAAGAAUAAAAUCCAUUUAAAAUUCUCUAAAUGCUGUAUGAGCAGCCCAUUACUGUACCUUCCACUAGAGCAACAGACAACACUUUCUGUGUAACUGAGCUAUCUGAAACUCACACCACUACUUUAUCUUCACAUGCUGCAUCAGCAUCUUCCAAACUUAAAGGUAUAAUAUGCAACUUUUCUGCAUUUAAAUAUCUAAAAACGACUGGAGCUGAUGAAGGAUUUCAGUCAUCAGACGUAUGGAUAUGAAGUUUUCAGAGAAACAAGCUGAGCAGGAAACCUCUAUGGAUAUUUUCGCUCACAGUAAAAUCCUCCCGAAUGACUGACUCCAGAAAUUGUAACUGGGAGAAGCUAACUGCGGUGACAUCAGUGAUGGUGAAGAUAACUACUCCCAUGACCCCAUGAUUCAAUGUGAAGUCCGUCUUUUGUUUUACGGUUUUGAUUGAGAGACUCCUCGCAACAGAAAAUGACAUAUAGUGUGUUUGAAAAAGAUGUCGCAGAAUGGCACUGAGGAAGGCUGUGACAAAAUAUCUGUGUUUUAUGCAUCAGACGGUCUAAGAUUACACUUUAUAUCGUCUCUCCCUGGGCCUGCAACUGUAUAUAAUACACAACUACACAUAAAGUACUCUGCUGCUUAACAUUAUGUAUUGAAAAACAUGAGAAUUAACUCGGCUGAUGCAGUUUGCUGUUAUUAAGUCAAAGAAUAUCCAAACAUUUGCUCUAAGUGUGAAAUAUCCUGGAAUCUGAUGAAAUCAUUUUAAUGGACAAAAAUAACCUGAUUAAAAACCAGACUGUGAGCAUUUGGAAAAGGAAACUUUUUUGGUUCCUGAGGAUCUGUGCUUUAGAACAUUCAAUUCAAAAUAAAAUAAUACAGUCUCUCUCACCUCUGUUUUGCUUAUUUAUGAUCUGACUUUUUGAUGGCUGCUCCAGAUAGAGUGAGGGACACAUCACACAUUGGACAGGAAGACACACACUAUGAAGUGUGUUGAAG